CUCCCAAGUCACCCUCAUAAGAGCAGAACAGCUAGAGACAAUCUCUCUUCUUACCACGACACGCUCGAAUUUGGGUGGGAGAGAAGGACACAACCGGGUCUCUCCUGUCUCUCCCUUUUCCGCCGCCUUAUUUUACUUACUCCUCUUCUUAACCCACACCGUGUAUCAUGGCCCUCUAACUCUCUAACAACCUUGUCCCUUGUCUGCCAGACGUGUAGCACGUCGCGUGCUCAGCUCAGACCAACUCGUUUUAACGCUACUUUCGUUACGAAUCUCUCGGCCCCUCCUGAGCAUCGCGUAUCGUUACCUCCCAUGGCAGCAGUAUCCAUACCUCCUUCACCGCAAACGACCCUCAACAUGUCCACACGCCGACCCCCUCUUGCAAACGUCCCCAAUGCCACGAACUCCCCACUCCGGAUGGGUGGUACGGUUCCCGCUAAACGGUCUAGGACCGGCAGCACACAACUCGAGAUUCCUUAUGGACAACCACCUCCGAAGAAACAAGUGAUUGAUGGUGUGGAGCAGGAAGUACGGUCUCCAACCCGAGCGAGGUCUACGGCUCAUCAACAGCCGGGAGACUCGAGGAUCUUUUCGCGUCGGUCGAAUAAUGCCCAACCAAGCGCGUUCGAGCGAAAGUUGUAUGCUGCACGGGAAAAGGAUCGACAGACUGCUACGAAGCCAGUUAGGAACGAGAAGCCGUCUGCAGAAACUAUUGAUACGAUCCGCCAGUGGCAGAGGCAUUACCGGAAAGCCUUUCCGACCUUUGUUUUUUACUUUGAUAGCAUUCCUGAAGAUGUUCGGGGAAGAUGCUCGAGGCAGGUCAAUGCUUUGGGAGCGCGCGAAGAGAAAUUCUUCUCGCGUCUAGUAACCCACGUCGUGACCUCUCGUCCAAUCCCGCCGGAAUCUGCGAUCAAUCCUCCAGAGAAUAGCAGAGCUUCCGUGGACCACACAUCUGGUGGUGAUGGUUCUUUGCAAACGGUAAAUCCAUCCCUCCUUGAGAGAAAUCCUGAGAUGCAUGUUCAUACCUCCCUUAAGAAUGAUGCGCGACGUGAGCAGAUGAACAUGGAUGUUCUGCACAGAGCUCGCCAGAUGGGAAUGAAGAUAUGGGCUCUCGAAAAGCUACAGCGUAUGAUUGCCACUAUCAACGAUCCGGAUAUCAGUGGCCAUGACCCUUCGAAUCGUAACAACGGCGCUGGUGGGAAUCACGUUCGAGGAAGGGAAAACGAUCUCUCGCAAGUUCUACGGAAUGAACUUGUCAACGGGCCUUCGGAUCGGGACCAUCUAUCUUCGUUAAAGGAGCUUGUGAUGUUCAAGGGGCCAUUCAUCUACGUCCACGAUAUGAACGAAAAGACGCGCCCGGUGAUGGUCCGGGAAUACGCCAAGGCAGCACGGCGGCAGGAUGGCGUCUGGCCUCAAUUCCGAAGCGCACCACUGGGAAAGUGUCCCUUUAUUGAUGAGCCUCCGACGAAGAAGGAGAUGGAUCGGCAACGGAUACGUCAACAUGCAAAGGAGAAGAAGGUGGCUCCUAAGCCGGCUCCGGCUCAGGAAAACAGAGACCAAGAAUUCGCUGUCCGGGAAGACACCGUGCCACAAGAACCUGCUGAUGUCGUUGCUAGCAAUGAACAUAAGCCCAAGGACGAGCAAGAAGCUGCUCCCCCACACCAACCAGAAAUGCGGGAUAUGGUGCCACCAAGGCUAGGGUCACCUCCAAGGAAGAGCUCAGAAAGUUUGAUCCCUCCGCAGAUGCCGCGCAACGGGCCGUUUUUCCUUGGCCGUGAACCUGCGGCCUCCGGCAUGCAGCCGUCAAAUAUCACUUCCGCUAUCCGGUCACAAAUGGUGUCUUCUGCUGCUGCUGCCCCUGGAGCCAAGGCCGGUCUGAGCAAGGAAGUCCACGAACUCAAGAGAAAAGUACUCGAGAAAGGCAACGGACUUUCUGGUGCAGUCCCUCACGGUGCUGCGGAUGCCGCGUGGAAAAUGAACCAGAACCAGCGACCAGGAAAAGCCAACCCGCAGGAAAAGCCUGACACGACCCAGCCUGAAGCGAUAAAGAAACAGUCUCGAGAUCGAAAGGAUAGUCUCCAAAAGAAGGAGAGGCCAAGGGAUCCUAAGCCGGGGUACUGUGAGAACUGCAGAGACAAGUUCGAUGACUUUGAGAAGCAUACUCAAACGCGGAAGCACCGCAGAUUUGCGCUGACCACGUCGAACUGGGUUGAAUUGGACGACUUGCUUUUCGAGUUAGAGAGGCCAGUAAAGGAUGAGUAUAUGGACGAACAUAUUUAGGUUUCAGUGAUAUGCACUUUUUUAUCCACGGAUUUUUACGAACUACCCAUAGCGAGGUUCCGUCUCGUUUGACAGCCGUGUUCCUCGACUCCGAUGGUGGCACUAUUUGCACCUCCAACGGGACAAGAUGAGUGUGAGAGUAUUUUACAUCCUCAUUGGCACUCAUCAUCCAUCAUUAUCUGGACUGGCAUAUCUCGAGAUGUGGACCAAGUUUAUCCUCCCGUCAUUGUUCACUUCUUUCUUCGACCGCAUUUUUGUUGAUUCAUAUUUGAUAUUCACCUUUGCAUCUUACGAAGCCGGUGUCUUUGGGAUAUCAUUUGUCUUGUUUUGUUUUUUGUGGCCGUAUGAGCCUCCAAACCCCUGCAGUGAGGUGGUUGCUGGCUCACGGUCAUGUUGCAUUAUCCGAUGCAUUGUGUUUUCAGUUGGCAUACAUACCCGGAAGGACCUGGGGAGGAGCUUAUCUCUUUUCUGUUCC